GUGGCUGGACAACGACACCAACUGGUACAUUGAGAACGGCACCGAUCACCCGCAGUUUGGCUCUCCCAGACUCUGUGGCAACGCUACGGGCGCCAGAGUGUGUCCAGCGGGCUUCGGCUGCCUGCCAGACGUAGGAGACAACCCCAACUUCGGCUACACCAAUUUUGACAACUUCCUGUGGUCAAUGUUAACAACCUUCCAGCUCAUCACUCUCGACUAUUGGGAAGACGUCUACAACAAGGUGAUCGCUACAGGAGGGCCGCUACAGGUGGUGUUCUUCGCCAUCGUCGUUUUCUUCGGGUCCUUCUACCUCAUCAACCUCAUGUUGGCCGUCGUGGCUAUGAGUUAUGAGGAGGAGGCUGAGAACACGGAGGAGGAGAAGACCAAGGACCUGAUGGACCACCGCGACGACUCCACCUUCAGUUUUGACCCGGAGAAGUUGACGCAUGCGCGCCCGCUGGAGAAGAAGAAGCCCAAGAACCGGCGCGUGAUCGUCAUGCGUCGCGGCGCCGGCAUCCUCAGCGACAAGUUCUCCAAGCGGAUCAGGAAGAAGGAGGAGAAGAAGAAGGAGGCCAAGGGGCGAGGAAGCACUUCAUCAGAAGAUGCCGUGAGAGAGCCUGCUGCGCCCCCCACCACGCCGCGGCUGGGGGGAUCGCUGCUGGGGGUAUCUGAGGGCCAGCAGGCCCUCUCUCGACCUGCUUCACUCGUUAUCACUCCUCCGAUAUCUGCCUCGCAAGCCCCAGCACCCUCACCCCGUCCCUCGUCUCCAGGACACUGCCAGGGCUCCGAGGCAGCUGCUGGAGGGGUUGGCGGCGGCGGCUCCUCCUCGUGCGACCCUUGUUCCGGGGCGGCAGCGUCCACCCGCUGCUGCACCUGUCACUGCCACACGCGCCAGCCGGGACCCGCUCCGGCGCCGGGUCUGGUGGCGCUGAGAGGCGGCUGCGACGACACCAAGCCUCAUCUCCGCCUCGCCAACAACGCCGCCCACCGCCAGCCCUCCCUCGACGACUCUGGCGUGGUGGGCGACCACGACGGCGCCGACACCAUCUCCGUACACCACCUGCAGCACUUGGCCCAGGAAGGAGCAAGCAAAGCCGAGCAGACGCUCUUCGCUCGAAGGAAGUGCAACGGUGUGAGUCCUUCCUCCCCGGCCGCUCUCUCUGCCUCCUCCCAGCACAUCGUCGUCCUCGAGGACGAGGUGGUGGACCGCAACUGUGACAAGUGCCGGGAGUGUUGCGUCAACUACCGCACCUGGCUCAAGUUCCAGAACAUGAUGCACGUGGUGGUGCACGACGCCGUCUUCGACCUCUUCAUCAUGCUCUGCAUCAUCCUCAACACCGUCUUCCUCGCCAUCGAGCACCACGGCAUGUCCUACGAACUCAACAAGGUCCUCGAAGUCGGCAACAGGGUCUUCACGGCGGUCUUCACCCUGGAGUGCAUCAUGAAGUUGAUGGCCCUGAGCAAGGAGUUCUUCGUCAACAAAUGGAACGUCUUCGACUUGGUGAUCGUGCUGGCCUCCUUGCUCGACCUCGGCCUUGAGAUCGGCUCGGGGCUCUCUGUCUUGCGUGGGAUGCGACUGCUGCGGGUGCUGAAGCUGGCUCAGUCCUGGCGGACGAUGAGGGUGUUGCUGAGCAUCAUCGUGUCGACGUUGGGGGCCCUCGGGAACCUCACCUUCGUCCUCAUCAUCAUCAUCUACAUCUUCGCCGUCAUCGGCAUGCAGCUCUUUGGCAAGAACUAUACGGCGGCCAACUUCUACCCCGACCCCGUGCCCAGGUGGAACUUCACUGACUUUUUCCACUCAUUCAUGAUGAUCUUCCGUAUCCUGUGCGGGGAGUGGGUGGAGCCUCUCUGGGACUGUAUGCGCGCCGAGCAGAAAGAUGGGUCGGAGACGUGCCUGGCCAUCUUCCUCCCGGCGCUUGUGAUGGGCAACUUCAUGGUCCUCAAUCUCUUCCUCGCUCUCCUGCUCAACUCCUUCAACUCGGAGGAACUCAAGUCUCGCCAGGAUGAUCUCGAGGACGAGUCCAGGGUGCUCCAGCUCUUCGUCAGAAUAAGGGAUGCUUUAUUUCGAAGUAAGAAGAAGAAGAAAAAGAAAGAAGAAGAAGAAAGAGAAAAAGAAGAAAAAGAAAAAGAAGAAAAGGAAAAAGAAGAAAGAGAAAAAGAACAGGAAGAAAUUGAAAGGGAGGAUGCAAAUAAGAAAUCGCUUGAGGAUGUAAUGCCAGACCGAGGAGUGAAGCAGGCCUUCAGUGAGCCAGAGAUGCAUGCCAGGUGUGAAGAGGAAGAUGUAGGAACUGACCCACAGAUGAAAGGAUACAAGCGGAUGACAAUUGUAGGUGAUGACGAUCGACCAGAAAUCAUCGAACUCUCAGAUUUCAAUUCAGCAGAGCCACAGUUUGCCUUUUGUACACGUAUAUCCUCCCAACAUGAAAACAGGGACCAGGAGUACCCUGAACAACAAUUUCGAGAGUACCCUGCAAGUGAAUAUUCUCAAGAAUACCAUACUGGGGAAUAUCCGCAGGAUUACUCAAAUGAGUAUGGACAUGAGCAUGAUUACCAUCAAUUGCAAUUUCCAGAAUCAAACUUGUCUGAAGGAGAAGGCUAUAAUAAUGAAGACAGUGUGUCAGAAGUCAACUUAUCGGAUGGCAACAUCCCCAAAAUGAAGUUAGAUGAGAUGAGCUUCAGUGACCUACACCGGUCAAGCUCUAAGGAUAUUGACGGUUUUCAGGAGGUGAGCUUCGAUCCACAAGCCAAAGACACUCAUGGAGAGCCUAAUGGGGGACCCAAAGCGAAACACUGGCAGACAGUGAAGAAGGACAUGCCAAAUGUGCUGAACAAAACACAGAGCUGGAGUGCUGUUGUCAGUUAUGUGGACACCAUCACAGGUGGCGUUAAAGAUGACGAGGACCCAAGAUUCAAACGGACUGAGAUAAUAGCCAAGGAACCUGCAGACUGUUUUCCCAAGCAAGUCUACAACAAGUUGCAGUGUUGUGCAAGUUGUGUGGAGACCAAAAUCUACAGGAAGUGGUACCACUUGCGACAAAUGUGCCUUUACGUUGUCGACAGCCCUUACUUUGAGUGGAUCGUCCUUAUCUUGAUUUUUGCUUCCUCAGUUACUCUUUGUUUUGAAGAUGUUCAUUUGGAUUCUAAAACAGAGCUUAAGGAGAGACGGGAGGUUCUCAACUACCUGAAUCUGGCCUUCGCCGUCCUCUUCACUCUUGAGAUGCUACUGAAGUGGGUUGCUUUGGGCUUUGUCAAGUACUUCACUUCUGUUUGGACCAUCCUUGACUGUUUCAUUGUCUUGGUGUCCAUGUGUAGCCUCUUCAUUGAACAAGAUAAUCUCAUAGCUCUUCGGAGUCUUAGAACAUUGAGAGCCUUGAGACCCCUGCGUGCUAUAUCUCGCUGGGAAGGAAUGAAGAUAGUGGUGAACGCACUUAUGUAUGCCAUCCCGUCCAUUUUCAACGUGUUGCUCGUAUGCCUUGUCUUCUGGCUAAUCUUCUCUAUCAUGGGUGUUCAAAUGUUUGGAGGAAAAUUUUAUAAGUGCAUUGACCGUAAGACUGCAGAAAUAUUGCCAUUAAAGGUGGUUGAAAAUAAGAAUGAGUGUUUGAAGAAAAAUUACAGCUGGAUUAACAGCAAGAUAAAUUUUGACCACGUGGGUUAUGCUUAUCUGGCCCUUUUUCAAGUGGCAACCUUCGAGGGGUGGAUGGAGGUAAUGGCAGAUGCUGUAGAUUGCAGAGGAAUUGAUAAGCAACCUGAUAGAGAAGCUAAUAUCUAUGCUUAUGUCUAUUUUGUCAUCUUCAUUGUGUGUGGAUCAUUUUUUACACUGAACCUCUUCAUUGGUGUUAUCAUUGAUAACUUCAAUGCACUCAAGAAGAAGAUGUAUGAAGGUGGAGUGCUGGAGAUGUUUCUAACGGAUUCUCAGAAGAACUACUACACUGCCAUGAAGAAACUUGGUCGCAAGAAACCACAAAAGGUCAUAAGACGGCCCCAGCAUCAGUACCAUGCUCUCUUCUAUGAUAUUGCUGUAUCUCGGAGAUUUGAGAUCUCCAUUUUUGUAUUGAUCUUCCUAAAUAUGGUGACGAUGGCCAUCGAGCACUAUCAUCAGUCACGUACAAUUGCCUUUACACUGGAGGUCUUCAAUGCCCUUUUCACCACCAUCUUUGGCCUAGAGGCAAUAGUCAAGAUCAUUGGCUUGCGCCAUCAUUAUUUUACGGUACCAUGGAACCUCUUCGACUUCAUCCUAGUCUUCGCAUCUAUUAUGGGAAUCCUCCUUCAAGAUGUGCUUACCAAUUUCCCCAUCAGCCCGACACUUCUCAGGGUAGUCCGGGUCUUCAGGAUCGGACGCAUUCUCCGUCUUAUCAAGGCUGCUAAGGGAAUAAGGAAGCUGCUGUUUGCCCUCAUAGUAUCUCUCCCAGCACUGUUUAAUAUUGGUGCAUUGCUGUUCCUCAUCACUUUUAUCUAUGCCAUCAUUGGCAUGGCAGUGUUUGGCCAUGUACAGCGGAAAGGGGCUCUUGAUGACCUUGUCAACUUUGAGACCUUUGGCAACAGUAUGAUGCUAUUAUUUAGACUUAUCACCUCAGCAGGCUGGAACGAUGUCUUAGACCCCUUGAUGGCUCAGCCUCCAGACUGUGACAUCAACUACAUGAACCAGCCCAAUGGCAAUUGCGGCCACCCUGCCAUCGCCAUUGUGUUCUUUGUAUCAUUCAUCAUCAUCAACUUCAUGAUUGUAAUCAAUAUGUACAUUGCUGUUAUUCUCGAAAAUUUCAACCAAGCCCACAAAGAGGAGGAGAUUGGCAUUGUGGAAGAUGACCUGGAGAUGUUUUAUGUUAGAUGGUCCAAGUAUGAUCCCCAUGCCACACAAUUUAUCAACUUCUCGCAACUCUCAGACUUCAUUGCUAGUCUAGACGGUCCCUUUGGGAUCCCCAAGCCAAAUACUGUUGCCCUAGUGUCUUUCGACCUUCCCAUCGCUAAGGGGGAUAAGAUCCACUGCCUGGACAUCCUUCAUGCUCUUACAAAACAUGUCCUCGGGCAUGUGGAGGAAACCGAGGAAUUUAAGAGGCUCAAGAUGCAGAUGGAAGAGAAAUUCAAGAAGCAGUUCCCAACGCGCAAAGAGCUCGAAAUUGUGUCCUCAACUCGACGCUGGAAAAAGAUGGACUCCGCUGCUAAGACAAUACAAAUGGCUUGGCGUGCUUUCUUAAAGCAUCGGCGAGAGUUAGAAAAGAAAAAUUUGCUCCUAGAAGAGGCACAGACACAAACCUCCUCUCCAGGGGGGUCAUCUAUACGAUCGGGAUUCAAGAAAGUGUCAAACCUGUUACAAGUAGUCCCAAUGCCUAUGAGUGUGCCUCGAAGAAGGUCCGUCACUGUCCUCCAAGUGGAUGGAGGAGGAUCAAGCUCACGCCGUGCUUCCCGUUCCUCAGUUAAUGAGGUUUCUACAUCUCCUCGUGGGUCUCUCUUCUUCUUCCCCAUUUCACGCCGUGCUUCUAAAGCCUCGGCCACUUCUGCCACCUCAGGAGCCUCCAACCCAUCAUUAGUAUCUGUUCAGAUCCAUCGUGUUGCUGACCACGAAUCUCCUCAUGCUUCUCAAGGCUCCACAGAAGCCCUAAAUACUGAGGCUAGCUGACGCAAGCCUCCUGUGGGCCCAACUUGACGCCCUUUCCCAAUGUAACCGGUGCCCCCAGCUGCAUGCCAACACCUUCGUGACGACUGUGUUGGCCAUUAAAGAUAGCUGAUAGUCUUCUAGUUGAAAGCUGAUGGCUAACAGUUACAUAGAUUCUUGCUUACACUUUGUGACCAAGCUUGACCUGUGUGAGCCUGGUCACUCUUGCCUGACUGGCAUUUGCCCAGUCUAUUCCUGUAAGCCCAUCUAUGAGGCUUCAUGCGCUACGAGUACCCAAAGGAGAAGAGAAGGAGCACUUUGGCUGCUCUGAAUGUUACAACUUUGCAUUUCCAUAUGUUCCUGAAAUCUUUGUCAUGCUGAUCAUUGGCACGUGUCUUAAUUAGAUAUAAAAAUUUAGACCAUGUUAAUUGUGUUAAGGCAAAGAUAAAAAUCAUUUUUUAUUAUAAAUAGGUUUCCAUUGACAUGUGCCAUUGUUGUUGUACAUAAGAAGUAUUUUCACCAGUGGAAUAUUUAAUUUCUCUAUUCCAGAUAUCAACAUAUAUGCAAUUUGCUUUUUCUCUUGCAAUUGCCAUAGGCUCACAAUAUCAUGUAAAUGCAACCAUUGGUUUUCUUAUAGAAAACCUUAAAAAUGUUAUAUGUAAGUCAAAGAUGGUCUUGAAAAAGAGCACAGUUAACAUACUGCAUAGUUCUUUCAUUAUGAAAAUAGUUAAGGUUUUAUAUUAUCUCACCAAAAUAAUGGAAAAGCAUCUACAUCUCUUUUUCAAGGUCUCCAAAGUUAUAUACUCAAUUUUAUUGUUUUUCUUUUGGCAUUAUAGCCUAUCGUUAUCCCUGCACAUGAGCAUGGAACCAUCGCGAAACGAUAUGCAAGUAGAGUUAUUUGCCAGUUUGUUAGCUUUGCUGUAGGGUGCCAAAGAUUUUGUUUAUGCCUUAGUCUCCAAAUGCUCUUUUUCAGAGUCAAGUUUCAUGGGAAUUAGGUUUUCCCUUGAAAAUGAACUUGAUACACUCAGCUAUACAAUUUGUUGGUGCAAGAGCAGUGCUAAAUGUCUUGCCCCCUGAACCAUUUUCUGUGAGCCAUGAGACUUGACAGAUAUGCUCCUCUCUUUAGCCUGAAUUUAGGUUCCUCUAAUAGAUAAAAUGUGCCAAAAUAUCAGCACCAGGGGUCAGAUUCACGAAGCAGUUACGCAAGCACUUACGAACGUAUACAUCUUUUCUCAAUCUUUGACGGCUUUGGUUACAUUUAUUAAACAGUUUACAAGCAUGAAA